UCGCCAAAGACGUUUUUAUUCGAAACGUUUGCUUUCAAUAAAAAAAGAAAGAGCCUUUCCAUUUCAAUUUCCACACAUUUAUAACUCCUUUUUUCUCCUGUAUACAGAUUAUAUAAGAUAUGCCCGCUUCCGCAUUAUCGUUCCCAAGUUGUCUGCCGAGUCAAAAACUCGCCCGCUGUGCAGGUAGGAACUGAGCGAGAAGGCGGCCAUGGACGCCGUGACUCAGUGGCAGGAGCAGUGGUUCGACUACACUCAGUAUCUGCGCCGAGAGGGAUUCUUGGACGAUCAAUUUGCUCAGCUAAAGAAGCUGCAGGAUGAAAACAGCCCAGAUUUUGUAGUUGAAGUUGUUUCUCUUUUCUUUCAAGAUUCUGAGAAGCUUCUCAACAAUAUGGCCAGGGCUCUAGAACAGAACGUUGUAAAUUUCAAACAGGUAGAUGUCUAUGUUCAUCAAUUCAAGGGUAGCAGUGCCUGGAUAGGUGCAUUGAGACUUAAAAAUGCAUGCAUCAACUUCAGAAAUUUUUGUGAGGCCCGGAACCUUGAAGGGUGUUUGAGAUGUUUGCAACAACUGCAGCAAGAAAGCUCUGCACUGAAGAACAAGCUCGAAACUUUAUUUAGCCAUCCUCGGACUGCUACCACGAACAAUCUCAGUUUGGAUUUCACAUUAGCUUCUUUGCCAUUAUCUCGUCCAUUCAUUGACUUUGCCCCUUCGGUUUCUGUAGUUGGAGCAACAGAUUGUGGCUGCGGGCGGGUCAAUUCCUACGAUGGAGUAAAUCCUACAAUGGAAUCCACUGCUAUGAAAUCUGUCAAGAAAUAUGGAUAUCAGAGUUUUUCGAAGUCCUUUAGCGUGAACGAUUUUACUUUGAUGUAGUGAAAAUUUUCGUGUAAUCCGCCUAGCACCUUCGUAACGAGGUAGCGUAAUAACUUCCUUGGAGGUAUGUAAUGUAAGGCUCUGUUUUGAAACCCUUCAUCGGACGCAACAAUGUAUCAUCUUUCUUGUUAAUUUGGUAGUGAGGAAGCUUAUAUCGUUGAA